CCAACUUCUUGGGACAGUUUCUCAGGUCCUGCCUCACUCUCUAAAUGAAAUUUUGAUGCUCACUGGCAUUGUCGUAGCUUCUAGUGUUGCUGUCGUCGUCGUCUCCUCGUUCCCUCUUCAACCACUUACCUCAACAGCAACAGGACGCUCGCAGAGAGUCCACCAAAGAUGGUGAAAUGGAGCCAGUUAUUUGGUUCUCGUGACGGACGAGACAAUCCCCAUCUCCAGGAUGAAAUACAAAGACUCCUCCCUCGUCACACCUCCGACAUCCCACCCUCGGCAUUCCCUGCCAAAGAAGUGACCAAGGUAGCCAUCCGAUUGAAAUACCAGAUCGAACAAGUCAUCUCCAUCGAAUUGCCCGAGGACAAGGUCACAGCAGCCAACAGCGGCGUCAUCACUCCCAAAGUCGUCGCUACGGCCAAAGAAGCUGGAGGCACUGAGUAUGCCGCCUGCGUUGUAUAUGGGCUAUUGGUGUGCAAACGCUGGUUCAAAAGACAAGCCACCCUAGAGCUAUGGGAUGCCGACUUACACGACGUACGCGCCGUUGCAUGCGAGAUAAUUGCCAAACGCAUCAUCGAAGGAGAAGAAAACCAAGAAUAUCUGAUGAAAGAGGUCCUCCUCCAGAGAUAUUCCGUUCUACGUGGAGGAAGCGAGACCACACCAACCAACGUCAUUGAAAGAGCAGUGGACCUCCACGCCUUAACCAUCAUCGGAUCAUCAGGCUAUCAAAAGUGCAUUAAGUAUCUCUGGCGAGGCUGGAUCGUUCAAGAUGAUAAGAACGCGGGUACUUUCGUCUUUUACAAGGAACGAGACAAUACCAACUAUUGGGCACACUUCAACCCAGAUCGGAUGAGAGCUCCGAUAUACCAGAAUGCCGUUCACAUCAGCAUUUCCUUCAUCUAUCUCGCUCUAUUCACUGGCGCGGUCAACACCGUCAAUGAAGAUGGAGAUCUCGACAUCGUCGAGGGAAUUCUCUACCUCAUGACUGCAGGCUUCAUCUGUGACGAAAUCGCCAAAUUCUGGAAAGUCGGACGCUGGUAUUUCGGAUUCUGGAAUGCGUUUCACCUGACGCUAUACUCACUCUUGACUGCAUCGUUCGUCAUCCGCAUGAUCGCACUUGGGCAUUCGUCGGAUGAAGACAAUGCUCGAAGACAGGAGCUCAAUAAACUGGGCUACCACAUCUUUGCCUUUUCAGCACCCAUGUUCUGGGCUCGGCUCCUUCUAUAUCUCGACACAUUCCGGUUCUUCGGCGCCAUGCUAGUGGUUCUAAAAGUCAUGAUGCGCGAAUCACUUAUCUUUUUCGCUCUUUUGAUCGUCGUCUGCGUCGGCUUUCUGCAGGCAUUCAUCGGACUCAACCAAGCCGAAGGUAACGACUCAAUUACAUCAUUUAUCAUCACAGCCAUGGCAAAUUCGGUAAUGCAAUCACCUGAAUUCGACGGCUUCGACGACUACGCCCAUCCAUUCGGAUUAAUCCUCUACUACAUCUUCACAUUUGUAGUCAUGGUAAUCCUCCUCAACAUCCUCAUCGCACUAUACAACUCCGCAUACGAAGACAUCACCGAAAACGCAGUCGACGAAUACAUGGCCAUGUUCGCACAAAAGACCAUGCAAUUCGUACGAGCUCCGGACGAAAACGUCUUCAUUGCCCCUUUUAAUCUAAUCGAAUUAUUCUGCCUGAUCCUCCCUUUCGAAUGGUGGAUGAACCCUUCGCAUUACGAACGUCUUAACCACUAUGUCAUGGGAAUCAUCUACGCUCCUCUCCUACUCAUCACCGCGGCAUUUGAAGCACGAGACGCUCAGUCCGUGAGAGACAAUCGGAAACGUGGCGAUGAGGAUGACGAUACGAUUGAGGAAUGGGAGGAAUUAGAUGAGGAACUUGACCUUGUCAGUGAUGGUUGGGAUGCGAAAGUCGAGGCUUCGAAACCAAUUGUCGAUGUCGAUGCUGAUAUUGUCGAGAUUCGUGAGUUGAAGAAACAUGUUCAGGAAUUGUCGCGUUUGGUUAGGGCGUUGAGUCCUGAGACUGAGACUGAAGAAGCGGGUGCUAAGGCUGGAGGACCUUCGUAGUCAUAAUGGUCUUCGUUUGGGAUUGUUGGUUACCCGAGCCAUUGUGAUUGAAACGUGUUUCUAGGUCUGCUUUUCUAUAUAUGCCAUGUCGAUGACGGUGACGAAAAGCUAUAGAGAUAAGUGAUAAUGUUGGAGUAGCACAUAUGGAAGUUAAAUGCAUCAAGGG